UUGCGUGGCUUGCGCAAUCCGCGUAGCCAUCCUACUUCUCCUCCUCCUCCUCGGCGCCUCACUCUUUCAUAAACGCUCUGCACUGCCAUCGCCUCCACCUCUCAAACCCUCCUCUGCACAGCCAAGGACAUCACCCCGUUCAAACCGCCAGAAACUGAUAUCAUGGCUUCAGUCAUGGAGAAACUCAUCACUCCUCUGGCCACUGCCCCCGAACUGCCCACCAACAAGGUGACCGUGGUGGGAGUGGGACAGGUGGGCAUGGCCUGCGCUGUCAGCAUCCUUCUCAGGGACCUUUGCGAUGAGCUUGCCUUGGUUGAUGUGAUUGAGGACAAGCUGAAGGGAGAGAUGAUGGACCUGCAGCACGGCAGCCUCUUCCUGAAGACGCACAAGAUCGUGGCUGACAAGGACUAUUCUGUGACUGCUAACUCGCGCAUUGUGGUGGUAACUGCUGGCGUGCGUCAGCAGGAAGGAGAGAGCCGACUCAACCUGGUGCAGAGGAACGUCAACAUCUUCAAGCACAUCAUCCCUCAGAUUGUCAAAUACAGCCCCAACUGCACCCUCGUUGUGGUGUCCAACCCAGUGGACGUCCUGACCUACGUGACCUGGAAGCUGAGCGGUCUGCCCAAGCACCGCGUCAUCGGCAGCGGCACCAACCUGGACUCUGCUCGCUUCCGCUACAUCAUGGCUGAGAAGCUGGGCAUCCACGCCACCAGCUUCAAUGGCUACAUCCUGGGAGAACAUGGAGACUCCAGCGUGCCUGUGUGGAGCGGCGCCAAUGUCGCCGGAGUGAGCCUGCAGAAGCUCAACCCUGCCAUCGGCACCGAUCAGGACAGCGAGAACUGGAAGGAUGCUCACAAGAUGGUGGUGGACAGUGCUUAUGAGGUGAUCAAGCUGAAGGGAUACACCAACUGGGCCAUUGGACUGAGUGUGGCUGAUCUGACUGAAAGUCUAGUGAGGAACUUGAGCAGAGUCCACCCCGUCUCCACCAUGGUGAAGGGUAUGUACGGCAUCAAUGAUGAGGUUUACCUGAGCCUGCCUUGCGUGCUGAACAGCAGCGGAGUGGCCAGCGUGGUCAACAUGACCCUGACCGACCAGGAGGUGGCCCAGCUCAAGAAGAGUGCUGAUACCCUCUGGAGCAUUCAGAAAGACCUGAAAGACCUGUAAACUGUACAAUAGGGGCCACACACUCCUAACCCUCCACACACACUCCUAACCCUCCACCUUCCACACUUGUCACAAUCGCUCUUUAGAUGUUGCUGUUUUUUUUGGUCCUGGUGGUCCAUGUAGGUAGUUUUGUCCAAACUGAAGGUAUUUCUUUGGAACCGAUGAUCAAUCACCAGUGUGAUCUUUCCCACAUUUGCACACACAGGGUUGGUCACCAGGAGCAGGACUGAGGUUAUAUAGGCAAAGGUUUCCUUGACUGAAAAAAGGGUAGAUUGAUGAUGAAUGUGAAUGAAAUGAUCACAGAAAAAGUGAAUAAAAUGUUUAUCCAGA